CUGUAGGAGGAGGAGGAGGAGGAGCGGGGGGUGGAGGAGACAGGCAAAAAGUGGGGGAUGUUCAUCGACACAACAGAAAUCACUUUUUUUGGGUGACAGAGGGGACCUCGUUUGGCCCCGGGGAUCACCCUCCGUCCCUCGGUUGAGUUGAAUGUGUCAGACCGGCGACGGUCGCCGUCUGCUGCCUGGAUUUUAUUUAUAACCGACAAGAAAAUUGGAUGGGACGCACACACGGGCAAGACAAUCCCGGAAAUAACAUGCGUACUCUCAGCCUGUCACGUACGCUCGCUGAGGAUUUGCAUUGCUGUAGGCUGCCGUAGAUAUCCCGCAACAAAAUGUUUAUAAGACGGAUACAAACAAAUACACAGCUUGAGAGUGUUGUAUGAGAGUAUUUGGUAAAAAAUAAGAGCGAGUAAAAGAGGACUUGGACAUGAAACUUCUAGUGGCAGUGGCAAAGAUCCUCUAUAUGAGAGAAAGCAGCGGCUCAGCGAGAAAAUGAAGCGAGGACGUGAGCUACGUGCGCAUCCAGCAGAUGACGAGAUGAAAUGGAGAGCUUGGGACACACGGACCCUUUAAACCCAAGCUCUUCCCUCGGAUCCGUAGCUGUUUCAACCACGCAGCAGAGCGUCUUUGGAGCGGCAGAGAUUCAUCACACGUACCGAGCGGACAUGGGGCUUAACGGCGUAUGCGCGGCACCGGUCGGGAGUCCGACGGCCGCGGAGUUACUCGCGGGUCUGGCCUCUCAGACCGACUCCCCUGCAAUCACAACCCCGACGAAGCUGUCUAAAACCGGCGUGCCGCUCUACAACGGUGGGGUGGUGUCUCCAUCUGCCACCGUGGAGGGGAGCCACGCAGGCGUUUUGGCUCACACACCAAACGGUUACCCGGCACAGAUAAAAGGGGCGGUGGGGGUGACAGGCGACCCCAUGUACCCUCUCACUAGCAGAGCCUCUCUGAUGGAGAACGGGGACCGGGCAGCUCAUGAGAAGUGUCCUUCACUGAUGAGGAGAAUCAAUGGUGACCUGAAAGCCAGGCAGGUGCAACAGAAACGCAGAGGUGGGGAGAAUCGGGACAUGGGGUCAGGAGCUCCUCAUGGCCUCACAAUGGAGUCACCCGGGUCAGGAAGUUCUGUGGACUCGGCUUUUGCUUCUGGGGACUUGGACUGUAAGCGGAGACGGUUGGCAGAUGAAAGUGUUGCUCACAAAUCUUCAGAGGCCUCCAGAGUGGCCCGAGUGGUCGCCCCACUCGCCAACUGCAGCAACAGUUCCCAUAGCAACCAAAUGACUGUCAAUCAUGUGCACUGUGUCACUCCCCAAUCUCCCUUCACCCCUCAUACUAACCAGCACACCGGACAUAAAGUGGCCUCCUCAGGACCGCUAGCUGCACCCAGCCAGACCUCCCCCGUCGAGGCUAAGUGCAUCCCGACUCCACCACCUCCAGCAAGGGCAGGCUGGUCGGCAGAGCACAUAGCCCAGCAGUACAUCAUCCCCUGCAUGAAAUACUAUGGCAUCUGUCUGAAGGACAACUUCCUGGGCCCUGAGCUGGGCAGCAGGGUCCUGGAUGAGGUGGAGGUCCUAAACCGCAGCGGGAAAUUUCGGGGUGGGCAGCUGGUGAGCCAGAAGAACAUCCCCUCUCGGAGCAUCCGAGGUGACCAGAUAGCCUGGGUGGAGGGAGGACAGCCCGGGUGCGAGAGCAUCGGGGCACUGAUGGCUCACAUCGAUGAGGCCGUCAUGUACAGCGCUGCCAAUGGACAGCUGGGGGACUGCGUCAUCAAUGGACGCACCAAGGCAAUGGUUGCUUGUUACCCGGGGAACGGGGCGGGGUACGUCCGUCAUGUUGACAACCCUAACGGUGACGGACGUUGCAUCACGUGUAUCUACUAUCUCAACAAGAACUGGGAUGUCAAGAAACAAGGAGGGAUGCUGCAGAUCUACCCUGAAGGCAAAAAUGUGGUGGCCAACAUCGAACCUCUGUUUGACCGGCUGCUCAUCUUCUGGUCUGACCGCAGGAACCCACACGAAGUCAAGCCGGCCUUCGCCACUCGCUAUGCCAUCACAGUCUGGUACUUUGAUGCCAAAGAGAGAGCUGAAGCUAAAGAGAAAUACAGAUUGGCAACAGGACAGAAAGGUGUUCAAGUGCCUGUCACCCAAAACAGCAGGACAUAAAUCUUAUCCAAUUACUGGAGAGCACUCUGAAAGCAUUAUGUGCCUUCCUGGACUACUAAUGGACGUCACGAUGGAAAAAGGGAGACAUCGUUAAAACUGUCAGUCACCAACGCAGCUCCGUGCCACUCUUACAGUGUCAGCUGUCACAUUCACAUCAAGGACUGUGAUGUAAUGUUUCGCUGCCACGUGACGAGGCUGCUGAUCAAAGACGUGGCAGAUACAGAGCACAACAGACUUGAUUGUGUGGCCAAGGUGAGAUCAGAGUUGCGCAGAAGUCAUGGCAAAAGGAGAAGAAAAGAACUUCAAUAUCUUGCUGAAUCAAGUAUGAAGACAAGAAACUAAGAAAAAAAAACAAAUCUCCUUAAUUUUAUUUUGUUGCAGUUUUGCCUGUUUGGUUAGCAGUGAUGUUGUGAUGUGUUAAGAAAUUAUUGUUUUACUCUGAUCUGGUGUCAUUUUUAAUUCAAACACAAGGAGCAUCAAUGAUGAAUCAGUGGGAAAAGGGGAGCAAGGAGAAGAAAUCAGCAGCGUUGUCCCUGAAAUUCCAUAUCUCUCAUUGUGUGUUAUGUGAUCCCCUUGUCUCAUGACGUGGGCAAAUGUGUAUGUGUGGUCAGUGUAAAAAUAGAGGCACGGAAAAGAAUGGAAAGUUGCCCUUUGGCAUUUAUUCAGUCAGUCCAGGCUCAAGCACUAACCUUAAACAUUACAGGGACGCACUUAAAACUUGCAUGAGGACAACUCAACACUGUAGUUUUACCCUACAUAGCACACUAAGUGAAGAUCAAGAAGUGUUUCUGGACUUCAUUACAAAAACAGACAACUGUCUGCAACAGCCACAAAAUCGCUCAAUAGUAAUCCAGCAUGGGUCUUUCUUUUUAGUAUUGUUUUUGCAGUUGGAAUGUGUGAAGCAGAUUUUCAAGACUGCAUGUAGAGUACUCAGAGGUUUACUACAUAACGGAUGUGCAGUGCCCUGUAUAGGACGUGGCUCACACUUGAGGGGAGACACCCCAGGUGAAAAUGUAGUCUGGUCAAUUUUGAGAUUUUGGGCUAUUUUGCAUCCAUAAGAGACAUUCAGAUGAGUGGAAAGAAAAUGUCCAAAAACACAUUUAGGUGUUUAUUUUCUCUGGAAAUAUAUGCAAAAAUCAUACUUAAUUAGAUAAUACCUAAUUUGCAUAUUUAACCCUUUGAAACCUGAGCAAAUUGGCUUAAUGUCUUCUAAAAAAAAUGGUAGGAAGGCAAUCAGCAAAAACAGAAGAAAUGACUACACUUUUGCAAGAAAUUAGUAGAUAAACAAAAAAACAAGAAAAUUUGUAAAGUAAAAAAAAUGUGAAAAAAAUUGUCACAAAAAAUGAAGGGGGGGGGGAAACAAAUUAAAAAGCUUGAAAAAGUGCUUAAAAAUUAUUUUAAAAAUUCUGAAGCAUCAUUUUAAACUAAUAGUCACAAUUAUAAAUAUAGAUUUUCCCUAUUUUUUUUUAAUAUAUAUUUUAUAUAUUUUUUUAUCUAUUACUUUUUUGCAAUUUGUGACACAUUUCUCACCAAGUUGCUCAUUGCAUUUUUUCCUAUGUUUGUAAAAGAAAUCGCACCAAUUCGCUCAGGGUUCAAAGGUUUAAAUACUUGGCAAAGGUGUAUUAAAGCAGCGCAAGAACAGUGAUGUCGCUCCAGGUUUCUAAGGGUUAAACAUAAAAUUAAAAAAAAAUUGUAAUACAAAAAAAUAAUCGUCUUAAUAGUAAAGUAAUCAAGAUAUCGUGAAGAUUUAGCAUGAUAUCUAUCAGUUAAAUUUUUUACCCUACUCAUCUGUCUUAUUCUUUUGUCUAAAAAUGUGUGGAAUUUGACAAUACAUAUGUUUAAAGGCCAUUUUCUCACACUCUGCGCCAGAAAUCUCAGCUUCAGUAUCACUUACAUACAGCAAACGUUUCAGUUUUAUUCCUCUCUAUAUUCAGAAGGUUUUUACAGAGGAGGUUGUUCACCUAUCACUCACAGCCGGAUUUAUAGAGCAUUUUAAUCCUAAGAAAAUGUUGAAAAUUGAUGAGUGAUCCCAAAACCCCCUCUUUAAAAACCUUUGACUCUGAUGUGUCAAUAAAAUAAGAAUUUUGAGCCUGGCUUUAAUCAAUGCUCAGAUUUUUGUUUUUUAAAUGUAUGCAAAUUAGUGCAUGUUUAAUAAGAUAAAGAAUCAUUUGUAUAUUUAAACAUAAAGAUUUCCAAAAACUUGGAAUACAAAAAAAUAAUUGUCUUAGUGUAAGUAAUCAACCGGGGACGUUUCAUAGUGAUAUUUAUUAGUUACCCACUCACCUGUAGUGUCUCCCCCUGAGACAGGAGGCAAGCUUUCCAAUGGCUCUAAACAGGGUUUGAUGUUUGAUCAGUGUGCUCUUUCUCUUUCUGUGUGUGUGUGUGUGUGUGGGUGUGGGGGUGUGUGUACAUUAACUUGUAUGCACACCCAGCUUGACUCUUACCUGUUAACAAGAUAGAAACAAUAUGUAACAGCAGUGCGGACACUGUCAGACAAAACUUGUGCCCUAACAAAAGACCAUUUACAGUAUAAAGCACAGAGUUAAGAUACGCUGCAGGGUCACACUGCCUGCUUGUGUGUGGGAUUGACUGUUUGUGUGUAAAUGUGUACUUGCACAUGUAUGUGACAAUUUCUGCUGUCUCUAAGAGGGUGGCAGGUCUCAGUGUAUUUUAGACUGGUUUAAAGAGAAGGUUAUUUUUAAAUAAGCACUUUAUUGUUUGUGUGAAUGAUAGAAAAACUAUAACUAAAAAUGUAGAUUAAUGCCUUUAUGCUGUGGAAAAUAUGGUCAUUCAAAUGCAAUAGAAACUAAAACAAUGAGAACAAAUUAAAAUGGUUUGCUUUUUUUUUUUUUUUUGAAUAUUUAAUUAAAACCCGUCUGUUUCU